AUGGCCUUCCCGGUUGGACAAGAGAGAGUGGCGCACGCAUGUGUCAAAGAGAGUCUUCCAAGUUCCGAAAUUGGAUGCAUUCAAUUAAUUUGGCAGAAAAGGAUUGAUGCACGAUUGUCAUUUGUAAGGAAAACAUCGCGUUCAGAGGUGCUGGUCAGAGCCACGAGGGGGCAAUGUCUGACAGCAGUGGUGCUGCCAACAGCAGUAGCUGGACUGUCCUCACAGCUGAGGAGACUGUUGCUGAGACACUGAGGCCUGUAGCGAAGGGAACAGAACACCAUGAAAAUACACCCAGUCAUACUGCUGCAGAGAAACCUACAGGUACACCCAGUCAUACUGCUGCAGAGAAACCUACAGAGAGUAGGCCUGGGGAGGAUGCAGUGUCUGCUGAAGAGUCUCACUCUGUGAAGCUACAGCAGGAGACCCAGGAAACACAACCAGAGAGAGACAAGGAUUACACCCCUGUUGUAGAGAGUCACACCCAUGACCUUCCUUUUGACCCUGCCCCUGACUCGACCCCUGCCCUUGACUCCAUCUCUGCUAGUGUUGCUCCUCUGAGCUCUCUGUUAGAAGUCCCCGCCCCCACAGGGCUUGACUCAGAUACACACAGCCAAUCCAGAAGCCUCCCUGGGAACCCAGCCCCUCCCAUCUCUGACCCUGAUUCGUUCUCUGACUCCUACACCCACAUUAGCUCCUCCCCCGACCUUGAAGAGCCCCCAGCCUUGCUGCUCAACACUGAGCCACCGGAAGAGGUGGGGCUUGUACAGGAAGCGGAGGGGUAUAUACAGGAUGUGCAUCAUCAUUAUGAGGGGGGGCUUGGGCAGGAAGAGGAGGAGUCUGAUCUGUCUGAGGUCAGGGCCAAGACAGACUCCCAUCUGGAAACGGAGGUGGUGGGGGAAGAGGUGUCAGGGGUGAGGAGGAGGAGGGGGUCUCUCCUGGCGGCUCUGGAGCGGAUCGGGAGGAAGGAGGAGGAAGAGGAGGAGGAGGAGAAUGAGUUCCAGAUUCCGCAGCAGAGGGAGCAAGAGGAGACUGGUUUCUCUCUCAACAAGUGCAUCCUAGGAGCUGUCAUACUGCUGGGCCUCGGAACCAUCUUCUUCUCAGGUGUCUUCAUGGACUUGGAUGAUGAGGGGGACUAUGAUGCCAGGGAGCUGAGAGAAACAGAGGUGGUGGGAAAACAACAGGAAUGGCUGAAUCCUGAGGUUCCUCUUCCACCACCUGUAGAAGUUGACAGUACAGACCAACUGAAUAAACUGGCUAAAGAAGACCCACGGAUAGCUGUACUGCAAGCCCAACUCCUGGCACAGAAAGAGGAGCUAAAAGUAGCCCAGAAGGAGGCGGAGGAUGGAGGGAAGGAGAGAAAGAAGAGGGAGGAGGUGGAGAGGGAGCACGGUAGGCUGAAGAAAGAGAUGAUGUCACUCCCUGUCCUUCAGAAGGAGAACGAGAGGAUGAAGAGAGAGCUGGAGUCUGUUCCUGUCUUACAGAAGGAUCUAGAGACACUCGGAGCCACAGUGACUGAACUAAAACACAGCACAGCCAAGGAUGCAGCUCCACCUCCAGUCUCUGCCUCUGUCCCGCCCCCCUCUGGCCAAGCUGGGGAUGACAGCCAGAACACAGCAGGAACGAUGGAGAGGGAGGGCAAGAAACCAGGGAAGGGAGAGAAAAAAGAGUUGAAGGAAGAGGAGACGGAUUGGAAUAAGGGAGGGAAGACGGAUUGGAAUAAGGGAGGGAAGACUGAUUGGAAUAAGGGAGGGAAGACUGAUUGGAAUAAGGGAGGGAAGACUGAUUGGAAUAAGGGAGGGAAGACUGAUUGGAAUAAGGGAGGGAAGACUGAUUGGAAUAAGGGAGGGAAGACUGAUUGGAAUAAGGGAGGGAAGACUGAUUGGAAUAAGGGAGGGAAGACUGAUUGGAAUAAGGGAGGGAAGACUGAUUGGAAUAAGGGAGGGAAGACGGAUUAUAAGGUUGAAAAAGAGUGGAGAAGUGGAAAAUAUGACCAGGAGAAAGAAGGAAAAGAGGAGAAAGAGUGGAAGAAGAAAGAAGACAAGAAGGGAGAAUGGAAGAAAGAUAAAUCUAGCAGAGGGGAUGAGGGCAAACCAUGGAAGGACAGAGGAAACAAGAUGGAAUGGAAGGAGAAGAGUGAGAAAAAAGACUGGAAGGUGGAGAAAUAUUGGAAAAAGGAAAAACCUGAAAGAUGGAGUGAUGGCAAGGAGUGGAAGAAAGGCAAGGAUGAGCGGAAGGGAAAAGAGGAGAAAAAUCAAAAGAAAGGAGGUUGGGUUGAGUGGAAGGGAGAGAAGAAUGGAAAAGAGGACAAAAAUCGAAGAAAAGGAGGUUGGAAUGACGGCAGGGAUGAGUGGAAGGGAGAGAAGGAGUGGAAGAAAGACAAGGAUGACUAUAAGGACCUUGGCAAAGGAUGGAAGGAGAGAGGAGAGAAAAAGGAGUGGAAGGGAGAGAAAGAUUGGACAAAGAAAGACAGAAAGAAAGACGUCAGUAAAGAGUGGAAGAGUAAGGACAACAGGAGAGAAAAUGAGUGGUCGGAUAGAAAUAGAAAGAUGGAAGGCUUGAAGGAGGAGAGAAAUGGUGGGAACUGGAAAAGGGACAGAGGGAAUGACAAGUAUGAGAAGGACCACCACCACUACUCCACUACUAAGGAAGGGCAGAAAGAGAAAGAGAGGAGAAGGAGAGAAAAGGGCCCUCCCCAAACCCACCGCAGACCCCCCCUUGAGCAACCUGACUACUGGAGUUACCAGAGAGAACGACUGCAGCACAAACCCAACCAUCAAACCCACUGCAGUUCAGUGGAGGCCUGCGCUCAGGCAGAGGGGCUGCUCCCUGUCGCCAUGCCGGAGUUUGAGGCCCUGCUCCUGGGUUACCUGGUCAAGGCAGAGAGGGUGGGGGUGGAGGCCUCCAAGAGGGAGGAACUCAGUAAGCUAACCAAGGAGUUCUUCAGUGACGGAGUGUUCGUUCACGACCAGAUGAGCUUCAAGGACUUUGUGGAGGAUGUGGAUGACAUCUUAGAGGAUAUGGUGGAGGAUGAGGAGGUAGAGGAGGAGGUGGAUGACUUUGAGGAAGAGGCAAUGAACAGGUUUUCAGUUCCAGGGGGAGAAGAGAGGGAGAAGUGGAAGAAGGAUAGUGGGAGAGGACGGGUGUGAUGGAGUGAGAAAGGGAGUCAACGCAUGUCAGGAGGAGCGGAAAGAUAAAGGUGGAGGAAAAUGGAUGGAUGUGCUGCAAGGUAGAAUUUAGGAGGAGCAACACGCAUAUAUAUAUAUAUAUAUAUAUAUAUAUAUAUACUGCUCCAAA